AUGACUGAAGACUAUUCUGAAAACAAUGAAGGAAGUCCAGCCAUACUUACUACAGCAGGAGAAGAUGGAAAUCUGGUUCAUGGGAUUCCAGCCCAGAUUCCCAGCUCACACACGUGCACCAAAAGUGGUCUUUCUGUACCUGUGGAUGAAGGAAAAUUUCUGGAAAAACCACCCCUAUCUUACAUAGCCUUAAUUGCAAAGGCAAUUCUUUCUUCCCCUGCAAAUAAACUGAAUUUAGCUGCUAUCUACAAAUAUAUUGAAGAUAAUUUUCCUUUCUACCGGAACAAAGGUCGAGGCUGGAGAAACAGUGUGCGGCACAACCUUUCACUAAAUGACUGUUUCAUCAAGGUGGGAAGAUGUGAGGAUGGCAAGGGGAACUACUGGAGUAUCCACCCAGCAAACUUAAAUGACUUUGUUCAUGGGGACUUCAGGCAACACCGACGGGCACGAAAGCGAGGACGUCAGAAGGAGUUAGAGCAUUCCCUUGCUAUGAAUUAUUUCACGCCAUGGGGACACUAUCUCUCCUACCCAGCACCAGGUGUAUUUUAUCAAACACAUUAUUUUCAAGAUCCUCUGUGGAAAAUACUCCAUGCUGACAGACUGCAGUUUAUGCAUGAAUACCAAAAGUGGAAUGCAAACAGCGAUUUAAUCACAGGAAAGAUUUUACCUCCUCUACAGCCUAAUAAACCACAGAGCAUUUCUAUGGACUGGUUUUACAGAUUUCCUACUACUUCAGCUAUGCAUCAGAAUAUUUUCCUAAAUAUUCAGCAGACAUUGCCUAAUUCCUUGUUUUUCUCUCCUCAGAAGCAUCAGUGAAGUUAAGCAUUCAGA